AUGUCAAGGUAUAUUAAAUAUUUCAUGCAAGCAAAGAAACUUGAUAAAAGAAAAAGAAAAUAUCAUAAAUAUGAUUUUUUAGAAUUGAGCAAAGAAUUAAGUAUACCAUAUCCUUUAAGAGAGCAAAGUCAACCCAAAAGAUUAAAUCUUUCUUAUUAUCUAAAUAUCCAAGUUGGUGAUUUAGUAAAAGUUUUAUAUGGCCCAGAUAAAGAUAAAGAAGGAUUAGUAUUAAGUAUUAAUCCUAAAAAAAAUACAGUAAUAGUAGAUGGGUGUAAUAUGAAAAAAUCAGCAUGGAAUGUUAUAAAUAAAAAAGGUAGUAUAAUUACACAAGAAAUGCCAAUACAUAUUACUAAUAUAUCUUUAUUAGAUCCUGUUAAUAAAAAACCAACUGUUGUAAAAAGAAGAUAUAUGAUGAAUGGUGAAUGCGUAAGGAUUUCUAAAAUAUCUGGGUGUGCAAUGCCUGAGCCUAUUAAUAAAAAUCUUUUAAAAGAACAAGAUAAUUAUCAACUUUAUAUUCAAAAAAAAAAAACUGGUCCACCUAUUAAAGAUAUUUAUGCAGAACGGGAUAACAAACAUUUUAGUCUUUUAAAAAAAAUUGCUUAUCAAAUAAAAAAAAAAAGAUUUUUUGAAAUGAAAAAUUUUUUUAACACACCCAAGGAAAGAGAUAAUACAAAUAAAGAUAUCCUUGAAGUAUUAUAA